AUGCGUGGAUUAGAGGACUACUCGACCUCAUUCAAGCUGGGCAUGGGCCUUUCCAUCUUGGGCCUUGCUCUUCAAUGGUCGGCAGCUAUCUCUACACCGCAGCACAUUUUCAUGGCUAUUGACGUUGUAUUCAUUGCCCUUGCUCUUGCUCUCAUUAUUGUGCAAGUUGAGGGUCGCCGAGACAUUCCCAAUAAGCUCGUCAUCGCCAUCUGCAUUGCUAUCGCUAUCCCGGCCCUUCUCAACAUCAUCCAAGUGAUUCGCCUUCAUCUCAAGUACAGUCACACAGGCAUACCCACGUGGACCCCCGUAGUGGGCCCGUCUGGUUCCGUUCUACUCGUAAUCGGGUCCAUCUUCCUCAUAGUGGCACCAGAAGCCAAAGUAUUCAACACCAAGACUGACCUAGACGGAGAUGAAGUCAGGGUUGGGUUGACUGCUAAUGAUGUGUGA